AGGCCUAAAGAGAUAACAAGCUUUUCUGUCAAUUUUGUGCCCUUAAAUAAGCUAACCCGUUUGAAAAAAACUGAAAAAAGAUCAGAAACGCUGUUCUUCCCUCUCUGAUCGCAAAUGACUUGGAAGCGCUAUCAGCAGGCUCAAGCAGGUUACGAGGCGGCGAAAUCGUUGAAUGCCCAGAAGUUCUUGAAGAAAAUAGGAUGCGGCAAGGAGGACUAUCACUUCUGGAAGCAAAUCGGCAAGGCUUUACUAUGCACAUACACACUGGGUGGAGCAGCUUGGCUCUACAAUGAGAAAUCGCCACUCGGAUGGUGGACGCUGAAGCCUCUUCCCAAGGAAGAGAGAGAGCUAGCUCACUUGUAUGAGCGGCGAGAGUUUCCAUACCCGGGAGACGAAGAAGCAAUGGAAGAGUUUGUGGCCAAAGGUGGCAUGAUCGGCACGACGAUUGGCCCGAAAGGGUUCAUUGAGACGGAUAAAGAUGCGCUGAACUAUCAGAAGGAGCUGCAGAACAAGAAGUUUGAGCAGGAAGCGCAGAAGCUGUGGAUCAGGAUGAGGAAUGAGGUUAUUUCGGAGCUUCAAGAGAAGGGCUAUGAUGUUGAGUGAAUGAAUGUAAGGAGGUGAAUUCGUGUAUGAUUUUGUGCAGACGUUUCAGUAAUCCAGGUUGUUUAUAAUAAUGAUCGAAAUUGUGGGUUUGUGGAAC